GGUAGCAGAACGACACUUAGAAAAUCAGAUGUCAUAACGAGGAUGGAAAACUGAUUCCAAUGGAGUUUUUUUUCUUCCUGUUUCUUCUUUAAUUUGAAUAGUUUUUCUUUUUCUCUAACCACUGCUACAAGUACAUGACUAUGAAUUUUUAAUAUUUUCUAAUUCUUCCAGACCCACAACGAAUGCUAUCAUGGGAUUAACGUUUGCCAAUUAUAUAAUCAAGCCUUUCUUCCCCACUUGUGAUGUUCCUGACCUACCAAAAAAGCUGAUUGCGGCCAGUGUUAUCUGCUUUUUGACGUUUUUGAACUGCUACAAUGUGAAAGCAACAGCAAGGACCCAGAAUGUUUUUAUGAUAGCCAAGAUCGCUGCUCUGUGCAUAAUUAUUCUUGCUGGGCUUGCAUAUAUGACUUUUG